AGUGCCGCGGGGCGGGGCGCUCCCAGGGUGCCGCGGGGCGGGGCGCGUGGCGCCUGCUGCAGGUACUCUGGACGCGGGUCUCGCUCGCGCCGACGCCGCCAUGUGGUGCGGCUACGGGCGCCUCAGGGUACGCUUCAGCUGUCUGUGCGGCCGCGCCUGGACCCGCACCCAGGCCCGCCGCCCGCACUGGACCGCCGGCAUCGACCCUUCCAUGGGACUAAAUGAAGAACAAAAAGAAUUUCAAAAAGUGGCUUUUGACUUUGCUGCCCGGGAGAUGGCUCCAAAUAUGGCAGAGUGGGAUCAGAAGGAACUGUUCCCUGUGGAAGUGAUGCGAAAGGCAGCCCAGCUAGGCUUUGGGGGAGUCUACGUUCAGACAGAUGUUGGUGGAUCUGGACUAUCACGGCUUGAUACCUCUGUCAUCUUUGAAGCCUUGGCUACAGGCUGUACCAGCACCACAGCCUACAUAAGCAUUCACAACAUGUGUGCCUGGAUAAUUGAUCGCUUUGGAACUGAGGAACAGAGGCACAAAUUUUGUCCACCACUUUGUACCAUGGAGAAGUUUGCCUCUUACUGCCUCACUGAACCAGGAAGUGGGAGUGAUGCUGCCUCUCUUUUGACCUCUGCUAAACGACAAGGGGAUCAUUACAUCCUCAAUGGCUCCAAGGCUUUCAUCAGUGGUGGUGGUGAAUCAGACAUCUACGUGGUCAUGUGCCGAACUGGAGGACCAGGCCCCAAAGGCAUCUCCUGCAUAGUUGUUGAGAAGGGGACCCCUGGCCUCAGCUUUGGCAAGAAGGAGAAAAAGGUGGGGUGGAACUCCCAGCCAACCCGAGCUGUGAUCUUUGAAGACUGUGCUGUCCCUGUGGCCAACAGAAUUGGAAGUGAGGGACAGGGCUUCCUCAUAGCCAUGAAGGGACUGAACGGAGGACGGAUCAAUGUUGCGUCCUGCUCCUUGGGAGCUGCUCAUGCCUCUGUCAUCCUCACCCGCGACCACCUCAGUGUACGGAAGCAGUUUGGAGCCCCUUUGGCCAGUAACCAGUACCUGCAGUUCCAGUUGGCAGAUAUGGCCACAAGGUUGGUGGCUUCCCGGCUAAUGAUCCGCACUGCAGCAGUGGCUCUGCAAGAGGAGCGGGAAGAUGCAGUAUUGUUGUGCUCCAUGGCCAAGCUCUUUGCUACAGAGGAAUGCUUUGCUAUCUGCAACCAGGCUGUACAAAUGCAUGGAGGCUAUGGCUACCUGAAAGAUUAUGCUGUUCAGCAGUACAUGCGGGACUCCAGAGUCCACCAAAUUCUAGAAGGUACCAAUGAGGUGAUGAGGUUGCUGAUCUCUCGAAGCCUGCUUCAGGAGUAGCACCCUUGCUUGAUAUAUGGACUCGUGGGUUCCAGAUGAAUCAUGGAUGGGAUUGAAGAGCUGAGCUCUUCAGAGGUAGGCGGCAGAUGUUGGUGGCAGUGUUGUACUUGAUUCUCACACUGGAGCAGAAUUCUCAGUAGAAUUGGAAGAGGUGCCCUGAUUAGAAAUGUCACAAGAAGACCUACCAGCACCUUCCUGAUGCUAAUGCUGGAAAACAGCCAGUGACUAUUCAGAGCGAAAAUGCUUUAUCUUAGAC